GGCCCCUAGCCGGCCCGGGAGCAAACGGAGUCCGGCGAAGUGGCUGCGCUAGGAGCUAAGUCUUUUCCCGGACCGAAGCGCUGAACGUGGCGAGAAAGCUUCAGUCAGAAUCAAGGCGCCGGCGGCCAGGACCCGGCUGAGGCGUCUGCGGCCGGCCUGGGGAAGAGCGGGCCCCACGGAAAAGUGGGGGUAGAAGUUGGGAGGUGAAAGUUGGGAGGUUCACUCGUGGCUUACACGCAGGAUUGGAUCUCCAUUUCUUCUGAGAGCGGAGCAACUGCCCCAUCAGCUUUACGGGACCGGGCGAGGCUUCUGUGCCUCAAGACUGCCGGAGUUCUCAGCACCUGUCCAGCACUCCAGGCGAGGCCGUGGCCAUGGUGAAUGAAGGUCCCAACCUGGAGGAGCGGGAUGGCACCCCCGGGCAGGAGGCAGCGUUCCGGGCGGACCCCAGCAUUUCUGCCCACCCCAGCGUCUCAGCCCACCCCAGCGUCUCCACCGAGCCCAGCGUCUCAGCCCAUCCCAGCGUCUCCUUCCACCCCAGCUUCUCUGCGAAUCCCAGCAGUUCAGCCUUGCCCGGUACCUUGGCUCCCGGUGUCCUGGCCCAACCCAGUAGCUCGGGUCCCGAGGAACUCAGCAUGAUUAAGGUGAGCAAGCGCCGCUGGGUGGUGGUGCUGGUGUUCAGCUGUUACUCCAUGUGCAACGCCUUCCAGUGGAUCCAGUAUGGCUCCAUCAAUAACAUCUUCAUGAACUUUUACGACGUCAGUGCCUUUGCCAUCGACUGGCUGUCCAUGUGCUACAUGCUGACCUACAUCCCUUUACUACUGCCGGUGGCCUGGCUGCUGGAAAAAUUCGGCCUGCGCACCAUCGCCCUGACCGGCUCCGCUCUCAACUGCCUGGGGGCCUGGGUGAAGUUAGGGAGCCUGAAGCCGCAUCUCUUCCCCGUCACGGUGCUGGGCCAGGUCAUCUGCUCCGUGGCCCAGGUCUUCAUCCUGGGCAUGCCGUCCCGCAUCGCUUCGGUCUGGUUCGGGGCGAAUGAAGUCUCCACGGCCUGCUCCAUAGCUGUCUUUGGCAAUCAGCUCGGAAUCGCGACUGGGUUCUUGGUCCCUCCUGUUUUGGUACCCAACAUCAAAGACCAGGACAAGCUUGCCUACCACAUCAGCAUCAUGUUCUACAUAAUAGCAGGUGUCGCCACUCUGCUUUUCAUCCUUGUCAUUAUUGUAUUCAAGGAGAAGCCUAAACAUCCCCCCAGCAGGGCCCAAUCCCUGAGCUAUUCCUUGGCAACCACCGAUGCUUCGUACUUAAGUUCCAUCAUCCGGCUCUUCAAAAACCUCAACUUCGUGCUGCUUAUCAUCACCUAUGGUCUGAAUACCGGGGCUUUUUAUGCCUUGUCCACUCUGCUGAACCGCAUGGUGAUCUUACACUAUCCGGGGGAAGAGGUGAACGCCGGAAGAAUAGGCCUGACCAUUGUCAUUGCAGGAAUGCUCGGGGCUAUGAUCUCAGGCAUCUGGCUGGAUAGGUCCAAAACCUACAAGGAGACAACGCUGGCGGUCUAUGUCAUGACUCUGGUGGGCAUGGUGGUGUACACAAUGACCUUGAGCCUGGGGCACCUGUGGGUAGUGUUCAUCACCGCUGGCACACUGGGGUUCUUUAUGACUGGCUACCUGCCACUGGGAUUUGAGUUUGCCGUGGAGCUGACCUAUCCAGAAUCAGAAGGCAUAUCAUCUGGCCUCCUCAACAUGUCUGCCCAGGUAUUUGGGAUCAUCUUCACCAUCUCCCAGGGCCAGAUUAUCGACAACUACGGAACCAUGCCCGGGAACAUCUUUCUGUGUGUGUUCCUCACCCUUGGAGCAGCCCUCACUGCAUUCAUCAAGGCCGAUCUCCGGAGGCAAAAAGCAAACAAAGAAACUCCUGAGAAUAAACUCCAGGAGGAGGAGGAAAAGGAGGAAAAGGAGGAAAAAGAGGAAAAAGAGGAAAAGGAGGAGAACAAUACCAGCAAAGUACCCACCACUACAUCUGAGGAGCACCUCUGAGAGAAAAAGGUGCUUGCGACUCAGGGAACACAGAACAUGCCCCCAGACCCCCCUUCAGCCAGCACGGUUCUCUCUGCCAGCAGAAAGGUCUCCACCAGCAGAUUCUGGAGGGAACUGGCUGGAACAUUUGUGGCUUGGAUGGCGGUGCCCAUGCUUCUGGAACCCGCUCAAGAGCUCGCGUGGUCUAGCUGGGGAAAACCGCACCUUUCACCCAGUGCAGAUUCGAUCCCCGCUGCCCCCCCCUCUAGGCUCUGGGAGCUGGUGUCGGGAGAGGCUGGCGAGUGGUGGGGUCAGUCCUGGCUUUGUGCCUUGCCUCCCCCCUCACCUCCAUUCCUCAUGGAGAAAGCCUGCCAAAUUAUCACAGAAAGAAAGCUUAUUCAGGAUAUUAACUUUUUCUGGUGUCUCAAGACCCUUAGAAGCCCAACUCUAAGGAGCAGUAGCUGUUCUGGAAGAGAGUCAUUUUUGGGUCGUCAGACUAACUGCUGACUUCCUGUGGGGAAGAAAGCACCAUCGAACAAACCCAGGGGCGCUCCAGGCCUAGGCUCUCCUGGCCUAAUGUUGGGGUCUGUCUCCAAACCCUCUGUCCUAACAGCUGAUCAAACCAAAUGUCAAUAAACUUGAGAAAGACUGUGCUGUGGCCAUGGAGGAGCAACUGACUUGGGAGAGGCACCCGCCCAGGUGUGUGAGGGAGCUGGGGCUACCUUCUGGGUGUGCCCGUGAGGCCCGUGUUGGGGAACCCAGGCAGCUUGACUUGGGGUGGGGGGUCCUUUUCUGCAGAGGUUCUGUGUGUCCCGGUCACCUCUGGUGCCUCGGUCGGGACACCGCCUUGAGAAACUGGGUGCUCGUUUUCUCUGGAGGGAGGGGACACCAGCCAACUUCCUGCAACGGUUACUGGAAACGAACCUUGAUUCGUUCCCCCCUGAGAAAUCCAAAGCUGCCUCUGAGAUGAGAGGGGCGGAAGGAAAGGUGGCCUUGGACUGGGAAGGAGUCUGCUCAAAGUGAGUGUCUCCCGCCUCUGGUGGGGACGGUGUUUGCACACCCGGCCCCUUCUGGCAAUGACCGUGUAUCAGAUGUUGUAAAUGUAAAGGGAUUCAUUCCCUGUAAGCCAACCCAAGCUGACCGCCUCUCCCGCUGAACCUGCUGUCUGGCUCUACUCAUAGGCUUGGGCAGCAUCUCCUGAGAAGAAGAUGUUUUGGUCCUUUUCCCGUACACUGAACAGCUCACUCAUGACCACUGUGCUGUUUUGCCUGGGCUACUGCCCGGGACUCAGCACAUCGGAGCAGCCUGUGCUAGCAAGGGCUGGGGGGCUUGGGCCCCUGCCGGGGAGUCGGCAGUGUGCGUGCAUGUGUGUGCACAGACACCCUAUGUAAUCAGAGAAGUGCACACUUCAGUGGGGGAGUGAGUUAAGGGUUGAGGAGAGGUGGAGAAAAAGUAGGCCUCACUUUUUGAGAAGGAGAAAGGUGUGUGCAGCCUUCAGUCCCUUCAAAUAUAUUCACCAAGUGUUUGUGAAAUCCAUUGCUUUCUUCUAAAAAAUAAUCUAUUUUCUAUUUGUAAACCAGAUGCUCGAAAGCAAUAAAAGAUUGUCCAAGUGGU